AAAUGCAUUAUCAACUUGAAAAGUGUGUAUGUGGGAAAGCGUGUGCAAAAAAACUUGGCAUAUAUAAGGUGAUAGUAUUUCCACAAUCCAGUCAGACGAAAUGAAGAACCUGUCCGUUCUAGUACUUGCAUUUGUCCCAUUCAUUUGUGGGCAAAACUUUGAUCGAAACAAUGUUGGCGUGGCAUUCGGGCCAUACACAAAGUAUGCGGAAAAUGGAAAAAUUCCCUGGUUCAAUUCCUAUUCAGUGGACGAAUUGAAACGAAUGCUAGCUGUUAUCAAUUCGAAAUUUACGCAUAUUGCAACGUAUGGUAUGGGCGUCGGUAGCUACAAUGUAAACAAUCCAUGGGACCAAGCCGAUUCAAGUGCAUUGAUUGCACGUGCUGCUGCUAAUUUGAAUAGGGAGAGAGGAAAUAGGGCGAUUGAUGUUGCCAUUGGAAUUUACCAGAGCGAUGACCAGAACAUUCAAAAUGCAGAAGUUAAUCAUGCCUUCGAUGCUGCUGAUGACGCAAACAGCCGUUUUGGUGGAACCGCUUGGGGAUUAGUUUUUCUCAAUGAAUAUAUCGUCAACGAUGCGACGGGACAGAAAGUAUUGGGCAUGAUUCGAUACGAUAAAAAUCGGGCUCAUGGUAAAGGUCUGAAAGUUGGAACUAGAAUCCAUGUGUGCGGCGAGAUACUGAAUCGUAAUUCUCAUUUGUAUCGAGUAUUAAGCGACAUUGCUCGUGAGUCGGAUUUCAUUAUGUGUAACAUGUACCCUGCCAGCGAUGUGGUGCAUGGUGGUGCGCAGAAAGCAGUUGAUGCUGUUGGUAAUUUCUAUCUGGCUGUUCGGAAAGCAUUUAAAGACAUCAAUAGCAAUUUGGAUGUUUUGAUCGGUGAGACGGGCUGGGCGAGUGAAGGACAAUCAUUUAACAAUGCACCCAAUUCGGUGGCCAAUCUAAGAGAUUACUGGACAAAAAUGGGAGAAUGGGCAUCGCGUAAUUCAGUUCGAACGUAUAUGUUUGAGGCUAUGGAUGAACCGUAUAAAACUGGUAGCAGCGCUGAGAGUCACUUUGGUUGGUGGUACAGAAGAAGUAACAACGAUGAAGUUUAUAUAGAAAAGGCAUCAAACCGAGAAAUGCGCGGUUAAUUUAGAUUAAUAAAUAUUAUGAAAUCGAAAGUUCAA